UAUACGCUUUACAGGAAAUUGUGAUCGAGCCUUGCGGAAUGUAUGUGUCCUUUAUUGUUCUUCCAUCGACCACUUCCAAUGACCAAGUGUCAAUCGUAUGUCUCGCCCAUUGACGCCACUGAUGGGUCCGCCUGGUUCCCAGGUCUCAGCCUUAUCCCCAUUGCAUGGAGAUUGAGGGGCAUAGCAAGAAUGCAACAUUUACAUUACCACAUAGGUUGAACAUGGCAGGCAACAAUAAUGCGACGAGGGACGCAUAACCCGCGCGUGAUUGGUAAGUAAAAUGGCGACAGAUAAGUAUCUUUGAUGCAAUAUGAUGCACCCUCAGACAUUGUCGAGGCAGCGUGUGACACGGCCAACGAGGUCAUGUAAUAUACGCACACGGUGGUCAACUGCUAAUAGCACAGUGUAUUGCGUCCGCUGCAAAGGAAUUGCUGGAGAGUUACAGACGGAAGUUUUUGCCCCUUACCAAGGUCUUGCUCUCCUUACUGUCAGGCAUGCCAGGUUACCGGUCAGCUUAAUAGGGAGCCAGCACAACUUCGUGGCGUCACAAAAGGAACCCGACAAUAUCCAUGUCAAUCCCGAUGCCCGUCGUAAAUCCUCACGGAGGCGGUGCUUUUCGUCGGUCACACAUGUGUUGCGUGAUACGCUCCGACGUCAUAGGAAGAUGUGUCUUCGAGAGGAAAUAAAUCGUGGCGCUCGCAUGCCAUUGGCUCCAAGCUACGAAAUGAAAACAUCUAAAUGCUCCCAACAAUGCCACAAAAAGGUACUGGCUCGCAAGAUUACAUUUUCCGGUGGAAUUCGGUUAUCACCAGGCCCAACCAUGGCGGCCCAGCUAAAGGGACUAUUGCCACGCACUGGCUGGCGGGAUGCCACACAGGCCUGGGCGAUUGAGCCUGGUUUGAGCCUCAGCCUCCUGCGCGUGCGUUUGGCCUCUGGGGUGGUCUGGGCAAGACCUUGACCUAAAAUUAUGAUGCUCCAUUUCAUUUCAUUUCUGCAUUCUGCAUUCUGGGGUUUGUCGUAGUACCAAAUCUGGGCCCAUGAAGCAAUGAAAUGAAAUGCUCAAGAAGUUUUCUGUAUGAUUAAUGUCAGGACCAUUAGGGCUUCCAUUCGUCAACUGCCCUUGGGCCUAGAAGGUCUGCUGCGCACAUAACGUA